AUGGGGAUUUUUUUUCUCCAAUUCUUUCAUGGACUGCAGAACAAACCUCGGACCUUGAAACAACAGACCCCUUACACACAACUAGAGGAUGUUGACCAAAAGGAAUUAUCUGAAACCGUUGCAUCAAAGACACUUGUUUUGAGCAGACGAAAGUUAACAGCUCUUGCAGGAAGUAUCUUCAAAAAUAGCACACUAAAGAAUUUAUAUCUUGAAGGAAAUCAGUUAUCCAGUCUACCGGAUUCAAUGUUCACCAGCUUGCCCAACCUGGUUUGGCUGGACCUGAGAAAUAACCAAAUUGUUGCUCUUCCUGCAGUAAUUGGCUUGCACAAAUCACUGAAAACAUUGUUGCUAGAAGGAAACCCAAUCUCAGAACUUCCACCAGAGCUUGGUAAUGUGAUAACCCUCAAAGGCCUGAACCUGAGGCACUGCCCCAUUAGGUUCCCACCCCAGGACAUUGUGCAGCAGGGCCUCCAGUGCAUCCUCCAGUACCUGAGGGAUGCUAUAGCUAGGCGACCGAUUGGUGCCCAGGAAUCUCAUGCAGAUGUGCCCCCGGUGGAGAAGCUCCAGCUGUCAGAGCUGGUGAAGUCCAGUACAAAGCUGUGUGAGGUACCUCAGGAUGAGAAGGACCUCCAGAGGUUCAGGGAACUCAAAGAGAAGAUAAUCCUUAUGGAGAGAGCUGAACUGGACUACAGAGGGCCCACGAAAGAGAUUACCAAGGCCAGCAUAAUCCCUGCCUUAUCUCUGUCUGAUACUGUGGAGCGGAAGAGGUCAGAAGAGCGGCGACGGGCAGCAGUGAAAGAGUUUAAAGAGAAACAAGCUACUGUGGAACAGAGAAGAAAAGACCGGGAGCUUCUCUGGGAAUGGCGCACAAAGGCCAAGAUGAUGCAGGACAGGAAAACGUUAGAUUACAAGCAACAGAGCCUUACGACAAAAAGCAAAGAAAAGGCUCCAGAGAUGACUAUGUGUGCCACAAAGUCUGAGCUAGGUUUAACCAAUAACAGUGACACUGUGGCUCAGACAGGGCAUAUUCGUCCACAAAGAUUACAGAGGCAGAGGUCUUCCAUGUCCCAAAAGCAACAACAGGAGGCCGGGGAAACUCUAGACCUUGACCUGAAGCAGCGAAUUUAUAGCCAUGCCCAGAAGAUUCAGGAGAGACGCAAUAAACCCAGGGGCACACUGGAAGAGAAGAUUGAAGCAGAGCAAGAUAUGCAAGAGACAAGAAAGCUACAGGCAGAACUUCUGGAGAGGAAACUGAGGAGAAAUACGGAAUACCGAUUUACUGCGUUUACUGGAGACACGUUACCAAGUUCCCUUGAUAAGUGA